GAAAUUUUCAGUUAGUCGAAGAGAUGUAGCAUAACGAUCGAGAUCGCAAGAUGGAUCGUUUUCGUUUUUAUUAAAUGGUAGUGUAUAGUUGGUUUACGUUUAUGUUGGGAAUUGGUAGCUUCAAAUAGCGCGAUACAAUCCGAAUUGGUAUUGGAUCAAUUGGUAGUUGUGGUGCAGCUCCAGUUUGGUGGUUUUCGAAUCGGCUAGUUACCGAACGGAGAUGCAUAGAAGUGGAAUAUAUCCGUCGAGUCGAGCCGAGAACUAGAACCAAAUCAGGUCUACCCGUGUAACGCGACCUGCGUGCGAGAGCGGCGAUUGGCCGCCGCGGUCACGUGCCAGCGACUACACGUUACACGUCCGCUAUUCUACCACGGCAACUUGUUCGUCGGUGUUGUGCUUUUUUUUUGUUAUUGUCACGGCAUCUUGGUCUUCGGUUCGUUGUGUUUGUGUAUGUGUGUGUGUGUACGAGCGCGCGCGUGUUGCCAUAGCGAGCCGACCUCGACGCGUACGAUACAAAUAAAUAGAGAGCACGGGGGCCCGGAUGCACCGGAGCGCCGGAGAAGGAACGACCAACGGCGACGGGGCUGAAGGUGGCGGAAUCGGAGUCGGUUUUCGGUGUCGGAUAGUGGCGAAUGGUGCGUGUGGUGUGCAAGAUGGAAGAGAUCGCGUUCAGCGAUUGGCCGGGGCAACCUGUGGAUUUGAAUUCGGGGAACAACCCGUGGUUGCCGGCGUACGGGUUCGCGGCGCCCUCGGUGUUGCUGGAGCGCGACGAUUUCAACGGGAAUCCAGAUGCUGAUUACUUCCUCCACGGUGGCUUCAAUCACUACGCCUAUUUGGAGACGAUAUUGGAGGAGACGUCCGAUGACCUGCGAUCGGAGAGCGACGCCGAUUCGAGGGCGUCCCCCGCAGGGUGGCUGGCGACCGACUCGGAAACGGGCUCCGUCAUUUGCAUCGAUCCACCCGACGAUGCGGAUGGCGAUUCGGACAGAGAGCUGGCCUGUCCGGCGAAGCGCAGGAAACAGGAGUUGUACCUGUGCCUGCCGGCCGUCGACGACGACCUGAGCUCUUUGAGCCGCUCCAGCAGCCUGUUGCAAUUCGAAACGCUCGAAAAACAGUGCCAGGAGGCGUGCUCGACGUCGCCCGGCGUCUACUCGCAAUUCUCCUUCGACUUGGAAUCGAGAAAGCCGCCCGAAGAGGACGAAUCGGACUAUUACAAAACGAUCAAAAUCGACGUGCCGACGGUGAGAAAGCGCCGCAGCGACGACAGCCUGUCGUUGAACAGAUCCUCCGGAUCGGAUACCAGCGAGAGCGACGUCAUCGAUAUAUCCAGAUCCUUCGAUAAUCUCAAACCGUGGAGGAGUUUCGAUAGUUUGCAAGUGAACAAAAACGGCGGCAAAGAGAAUAAGACUUCGGCGGAGAAUUUGAGCGAGGACAGCGGCUACGGCGAGCACUCGAUCAAAUUGUAUACCAACGGAUACAGGUCGAAAGAUGAGCACAGGUCGUUUAAUAUGAAAUGCCAUCCGGAAAAGAGGAAUUCUUACGUUGGAUUUCCCGCUUACGACGGUGAUAUACUCCAAGAGCACUUCAACGGCAACUUCGGCGUGAGCUACCACGAUCUGACCGUCCUCAAGGACCGCGAUACGGACGUGUUGAAUACGGCCCGAUUGAUCGAGUCGCUGGCGAAGGGCAAAAAACGUCAGGCGAACGACGUCUCCGUCGCGUUAAAUAUAGAGCCGCACGGGAAUGCGGCUAAUUUCGAAUCUAAUUUUAAAUCGUCGUCGACCAGCGAACCGAAUUUGCCUGAAGUCGAUCGUCAGUCGCGCCCGUCCACGGCCAGCAUUUGCGUCUGCAGCGUGCCGAAGGACCUGAAUCUCGUCGGCGGUUUCGAUUUCGAUUUCGACACGAAACCGCCCUCAUCGGUGGCGGCGAAGGACUGGAACCUGGCCGAUUUUCGACCGGGCGAGUGCAACGACGCCCCGGUCGCGGCCAAAAUGGGCGAUUUCAAGCGCGAAAGCAGCUACGCCGAGGCCAUGGCGAACAGCAAUUACAAGCGCGAAGGCAGCUACACCGAAGCGAUGACCAAUCGAGUGGACCUCAGCGACGACGAGCACAGUUUGUACAACAGAAACAAACCGAAACUACCGAAAUCUACGAUAGUCGAAUUCGACAAGCAAGUACUCAAAGCCAUAUCGGAGCAAAGCAUACAAAGCCUCAUCAACAGCAAUCAAAACCUGCAAGAUAUUUACAUCGAACAACGUACCCCAAUCGUAUCGACGCCUAAACGUAACGUCGUAAGUACACCUAACUUAUCGAUCGAACGAGACGACGAGCAACCCCUACAAAACCCCAGAAAGAGCAGCGCAACGUUAAAAUCGAGCCCCAGCAGCAGCAGCAGCAACAGCGCGGAGAAGCUACCGUCGUUGGGCAGCUUCAGCGGCUCGCUGAACUCCAAAGGCGUCCACUUCUCGCCGGUGGUGUCCGAGGUGAAUUGGCGCGACGACAGCGUCUCCACGGUGACGCCCGACAGGGAGUCGAGCUGCAGCUUGGGCGACGGUUCGACGCCGGAGCGGCCGUCGCUCCGGCGACGCGUCGUCAAAUCGAAGUCGGCGAGGCUGUCGUGCUCGCAGCCGGAGCUGUCCGACGGGGAGACCUCCAAGCGGGAGUUCCUGCGGUCGCUGAGGAGCCUGCGGGAGGAUCUGAGCAAGAGCCAGCCGGAGGUCGCCAGGUUCAGGCGGAGAGGUAGCCAGCUGGUGAAGAAGGACAAGGACGGCUCGGUGAUCAAAGCGUACGUCGAUCGCGACGGCAUCCAGUACAAGCACACGCACUUGGACGCCGGCUACGGCGAGGCGGCGGCGCCCCCCGCGCUCGCCGGCGCCCCCACGGGCGAUCGCAGCGCCCCGGACGGGCGCUCGCCCGUCCCUCGGACUCGACAGCCAGUCGGUGCGAUGGAAGUAGGCGAUGCGCACGGCGACGUCGCGCGCGUCGCGCUCAAAGACGCGAAGCGAUCGAAGGCCACGGGGAAGCUGGGCGGGUUCUUCUCCAGGCUGGCCGGCUUCAGGUUCAGCUUGAGGAAGGGCGCCGACGAGGCCAAGGGGAAGACCAGGAAGAAGGGCGGCGGCGGUGGCGGCGGCGUCGCGACGGUCGUCGGGAACGCGCCAGUUUCAGGCGCCACGAUGGCACCCCAUCAACAACGCCUCGCCACCAAAUCGGACUACAUCUACAUCCCCCUGAAGGGCCCGACCGGCGCCAAUCCGACAUCGCAUUCGAACGCGACGCGGCCCAACCACCAGGACCCCGCCGUCCGUCCUCCGCCGUCGGCGGCGACGGCGUCGCUGGCGUCGAAGCCGCCCCUGCCGAAGCAGCCGCCGCGCGUCGUCCACGCCAGCGUGAAACCGUCGGCGCACGCCGCCCCCGGCGACAGCCGGCAACACCGUCGACGGACUAUCGAUUCGACCGCCGGCGGGCCGCUGUCCAUGGAGCCCAUGGGGCUGAUCGAGACCGAUUUGGACACGGAGGUUACCGUCAUCACGAGCGGCGCCAAUGCGAAGACCAGGAGCCUGCUCGACCUGGGGCCGCAACCCCGCAGGCUGACGCUCGCCGUCGACCGAGAGGGCGACGACCAGCACCGGACCAGGCCGCACAAGUCCAUGGAGUUUCUGCUCGACAAACAGAACCUCAAGGUGGUCGAGCCACCUGAAAAUGAACUACAAAAAGGGGAGAGAGUAAUGUCUGAGCAUCAAUUGAGAGUGCAGAGAUCCCUACAAAAAUUGACGUUACCCGAUUGGUACAAGCAAUCGCCGGUGGCGCGCGAGGGCUUCCUCCUCAAGAAGCACUCGCCGCGAGAGUCGCGAUGGAACGGCACCGGCGGCGGCGGCGGCGGCGGCGGUAGCAAGACGACGUCGUUGAGCAGCCUCGGCUCGACCGCCGCCUUCUCGCCGGCGAUCAGCCCGACGCCGCUCAGCCAGCCGUUCGUCCGAUGGUCGACGUCCAAGCUCAAUUCGACGGCGUCGUCGCCGUGCGCCUCGACGCGCAGCAGCUUCAACGCCCCGCGCCAAGCGAACGGCGGCGUCUCGCCGUCGGCGUCGGUGCGGUCGAGCUUCAGCUACCGGCAACCGUACUUGGGCUGGCGGUCGCAGGAGCGGCUCAGCAGGCCGCGCACGCCCGCCGAACGGCUGGCCAGCUCGCUGUUGGCGGCGCGGCCGCCGCCGCCGCCUCAAGAGAGUCCCGAGAUACAGACGAGCAUCAAGGAGGUGACGUCGGCCAUCGUGCACUACGUGAGCGGGCUGCGGCCGCAGGAGGACCAGGACGGGACGGGGCGAAGGUCGAGCUCGGCCAGUCCGAGGGGUAGCCAGAAAUUGUGUUGGUUGGAGAGCUCGUUCGUGGGAACGAGGCCGUUGGAUUCGCCGCAGACGCCGGUCACGUUGACCGAAAGCCAAAGUCAUACGCCCGCGCCCGUCGCCUCGUCUACCAAACUUAGGCUAGAUUUGCAAACGCAUAACGAUCUAUCUCUAUUAGCGGCCACCACGACGGCGCAAAAACCAUCGCCCGGUUCGACCACGCUGGAGGACGUCUUGGACUCCCUGCUGGGCCUCCCGUCGACCGGCCGAGCUCCCAGUCCCAGUCUCCAAGAGACGGUAUCAGCUAAUACCAGCCCGUGCCAUAAGGUCGAACAUCCCUCGGAGCAGUUCCGGCGUCGGUCCGAAGGCAGCGAACCAGCGUCGAAUUCGAACUCGAACUCCAGACGGGCGUCGUUGGCGUCGUCGCCGGUGCUCCGCUGUCGCUACGCCCGCUGCGCCCGGACGGUCCCGGCCUCCUCCACCGAGGCGACAGCCUUCAAGAACUGCCACAACUGCUCGUACGCGUACUGCUCGCGCGCCUGCAGGCGCGCCCACUGGGAGAAGCACCGCAAGACCUGCCUCUUCUCGCGGAUCGGCGCCCUCUGCCGGCAGGUGAUCGCCGCCUCCAAGGAGCAGCGCGACGCGCUGUCGCACCUCAGCAAGAUGGCCCGCCGCGGCUACCUCUCGCACGGCAUCGGCGCCGUCAAGUGCUUCUUCCCGACGCCGGAGGCGGCCGAAGGGUUCCUCGGCGACGGCCUGCCCGGCCUCGGCGAGCUGACGUACGUCCGCUGGCAGGACCUCCUGCCGUCGGAGAUGGGGCCGCAGCUCUACGCCGAGUUAGUGAAAAUGUGCAAGACCUACAAUCCCGACACCAGGCUGGUGUUGUACGUGUCGAUUUGCGUCGUCAGCGAAUCGCCGGCGUCCGGUUCGGUGAAAUGGGAACGGCAGCUUGUGUCUAGAUGCGCUAAAAUGAGACUGAGCAAGGACGUGCACGUGCCGGCGGCGGACGCCGCCGAGGGCGCCGAGACGCUCGUGUUGACGUCGCCGCCGGUCGCCGAGACGGCCGAUCCGGCGACGGUGAAGGCGAUCAGGGAGGCGACCAUAGCGAAUUUGCAGGUGCACUUGAAGCGCCGCGGGGUGCAGCUCAAGAAACAACAGCCCGAUAUAUACAAACGGUUGUUGGAUUAUUGCGAGGACGUUAGUAAGAAAUUCACGCCGAUUACUAUGUACCCGAAAGACAGCGUUUCGGGUAAGAAUUUGAUGUGCAUCAUCAUGGUCGAAUCGAACGAAGAGAGCGUUAAAGAGGUGGAAAACGCCGGCGUUAGGGUCAAAACUAUCGACUUGUUGAACGACUGA